AUGCAGAACUCCCCAGCAGAAGACAAGAUCCCAGUGGUGGGUUCUGCUUCCAGUCCUCAGUGCAGCGAGGAAGGCCUUUGCUUCUCUGAUGGCAGACGGAAAGUUGACUACGUUCUGGUCUUCCAUCAUCGACGGCACGGCUCCGUGCGAUCUUUUGCCAGCAACUCGGUUUCACACGACAGGAUAUCCAUUGUUUCCAAUGGCAACUUUCCCACUGUGGCGGGCUCCGAUGCAGCUGCAGGAAGAGGAGGCAGCAGCCCGGGGAGGGAGGCGGCGAGUGUCGGCGAGGUGUUCGUGGAGCUCGGGGGGGCAGGAGGAAACGAUCUGACGGAGCCUGCUGACCAUGAGAUGGAUCUGAUCAGACAGGAGUUCGAGGCCAGCCUGCAGGAGGCCGGCCUGGAGAUAGAGAGAGACAAAGAGUUGAAGACCCAGGGCCACAGCUUCACUCGUGUCCAUGCCCCCUGGCCCGUACUGUGUCGAGAGGCCGAGUUUCUCAGGAUUAAAGUCCCCACAAAGACGAGUUAUGACCUUAAAGAGGAAAGUGGUUUCGGGUCCACUAUGAGCACAGUGUGGAGGAAAAUGAACCAGCCUUUCCAGCCCAAAGUCCCACAUCAGGACCAUGAACGCACCAAGUUCCUCACACACUGCUUCUCCAGGGACAAACUCCACCUGUACAACAUCCCAUCUAAAGACACUUUCUUUGACAAUGCCACACGGGGCCGAAUAGUGUAUGAGAUCCUGCGACGGACGGUGUGUGUACGGACCUGUCAAACCAUAGGCAUCAGCACACUGAUAGCUAAAGGCGUGUAUGACGCUGCCUUCCCUCUUCACGAUGGUGACUAUAAGGUCAUCGGACAGCCUGAGGAGAGGAGCGACAGACAGGUUCUUCACGACGAGUGGGCCAAAUACUCCGCCUUUUACAAGUACCAGCCCAUUGACCUGGUCAGGAAGUACUUCGGGGAGAAGAUCGGACUGUACUUCGCAUGGCUCGGUGUUUACACUCAGCUGCUGAUCCCAGCCUCCAUAGUGGGAAUCAUUGUGUUCGGAUAUGGAGUGGCGACGGUGGAUACUAAUAUACCGAGUCUGGAGAUGUGUGAUGAGCGUCUCAAUUUCACCAUGUGUCCGCUGUGUGACGGAGCCUGUGACUUCUGGCACCUCAGCACAGCCUGCGGGACCGCCAGGGCUUCACACCUCUUCGACAACCCCGCCACGGUCUUCUUCGCCAUCUUCAUGUCUCUGUGGGCGGUGCUGUUCUUGGAGCACUGGAAGCGCCGACAGAUCAGUUUGAGCUUCAGUUGGGAUCUGACAGGCAUCGAGGAUGACGAGGAACAUCCCAGGCCAAGAUACGAAACUAUUCUCCUUCAGAAGAAACAGAGAAAGGAGAAAAAAGUUAAGAAGAAAAAGAAGAAGAAAAAGAACGAGCUGGGACUGACUGCCAACAAAACCAAGGGAAAGCCAGAGAAGCAGGAGGAUGGGGCAGUUACAGGGAAGGACAGAUGGAGACAGAAACUACUGUCUGCCAUGGCUGCAGGAAUACCGGCUGCCAUUGAGAAGCUGACAUUGAAAGACCGUCUUCCUGGAUACUUCAUCAACGUUUCCUCUAUCCUCUUUAUGUUCGGCUUGACGUUUUCAGCAGUUUUCGGCGUCAUCGUCUACCGCAUCACGGUGUCGGCCCUGAUGGCGAUGAGCCCCGACCCGGAGACCAAGUCCAAUGUUCGGGUGACGGUGACGGCCACCGCGGUCAUCAUCAACCUGGUGGUCAUUCUGAUCCUGGAUGAGAUCUACGGCGCUGUGGCCCUGUGGCUGACUGAGCUGGAGAUUCCCAAAACAGAAACCCACUUUGAGGAGCGUCUCAUCCUGAAGGCCUUCUUGCUGAAAUUCAUGAACGCAUACGCACCCAUCUUCUACGUGGCUUUCUUCAAGGGGCGGUUUGCUGGUCGUCCCGGAAAUUACGUGUACGUCUUCAAUGAUUAUCGGAUGGAAGAGUGUGCACCUGGAGGCUGCCUCAUCGAGCUGUGCAUCCAGCUCAGCAUCAUCAUGCUGGGGAAGCAGCUCAUCCAGAACAACAUCUUUGAGAUUGGCAUCCCGAAGUUGAAGAAGUUGGUGCGUGCGAUAAAGGAUAAAGGAUCGGCGGAGAAGAAGAUGGAGGAGGAGAGGCCUCCUCAGCAGUGGAACCUGGACUACGCCCUCGCUCCCUUUGAAGGCCUCACGCCAGAGUACAUGGAGAUGAUCAUCCAGUUUGGUUUCGUCUCUCUGUUCGUGGCUUCGUUCCCUCUCGCUCCGCUCUUUGCUCUACUGAACAACGUCAUCGAGAUCCGACUGGAUGCCAAGAAAUUUGUUACGGAGCUACGCAGGCCGGUUGCCGUACGUGCUAAAGACAUCGGCAUAUGGUACAACAUACUGAGUGGAAUGGGAAAAUUCUCAGUCAUUAUAAAUGCCUUUGUGAUCUCCUUCACGUCAGACUUCAUCCCUCGGCUGGUUUACCAGUACAUGUUCAGUGAGACCGGCACCAUGCACGGCUUCAUCGACCACACGCUCUCCUACUUCAACGUGUCAAAUUUUAAACACGGCACGGCACCGCAGAACAUAGAGCAAGCCGACAUCACCGUCUGCCGGUACAAAGACUACAGGGAACCCCCCUGGUCUCCAGACGCGUACACCUUCUCCAAACAGUACUGGUGUGUCCUGGCUGCAAGACUGGCUUUUGUCAUAUUGUUCCAGAAUCUGGUGAUGUUCCUCAGCCUCGUAGUGGCCUGGGGGAUCCCUGACGUUCCCAAAACUAUCGUGGAGCAGUUCAAACGGGAGAAGAAGCUCCUGGUCGAUGUUUUCCUACGGGAAGAAAAGGAGAAAUUCCAGCUCAUCCAGAGCCUCUUCUCCAAGGAUGCCACCCACCAGCUGAGCACCAACCCCCUCAGCCCGGGCCAGGUCCUGCCCCUCCUGGGCCGUUACAGUACUCUCCCCCCAGGACCCACACAGGGCUCAGGAGACGGAGGGGGGCCGAGGGCCAGGUGCAGGGCCGCCAGCUUCAGCCAGUUCACCAGGAACAUUCCUCCGUCUCCCAAGAAUGAAAAUGAGAAUUCAAGACACACGGCAGUUUGACGAGUAACACACACAUCCGUAGGGGUGCUGCAACUUGGACUGGAUGACAUGUUGCUCAAUGGAUGUCUGUGUCUUUGUCUUUUCUGUCCUGUUGUGUCUGAGACAGUAGUGCUGGGAUUUAAAAUAACCACGUCCCAUUGGUCUCAGUGUGGUUCCACACUGAUGUGUCUGUGUUGUUCCUACCCGACUGUUCAUCUGAUAAAGUGAUAUCAUUUUUACAUUUUGGUAAAAAAAACAUGAUUUAGCAAGGCACUCUUGCUUCAUAGCGUAGAUAAGCAAUAAUGACAGUGUUAGGCUGAACAAUCAAAUAAUACAUAAGCUGGCAGAUGAGAUCAAGGAAGAACUCAUGGACAGAUUCAGGGAUGGACACAGGCUAAUUUCUAGGAACUUUCCUGCUUCAUGUGCUCCUUAAGUGUUUCUUUCAUCAGAAUUUGUAGCAGCUGCAACAUUCCACAUUUCCUGUUCUUUUAAAUACAUGGUACUCAUACAUGGUACUGAAAGCACACAGGAGCCUCCGAAGAGAGCAAGUCUUCUUCUGUGUUCCAGUGGAUUUGUUCUUCAUGGACUUCAAGAAUCCCCUUGGAUCAUUUUCAAACGUUACUAGGGUUGUAGUGUUAGUCAGCUGCUGGUCAUUUUUUCUCUACAUUCUGCUCUACGGAUGCCAAUGUGGCACCCUGUUGCAUGCCACUCCUAGAUCAUAGACAUUACACAUUACAUGUCAUUUUGUUAGGCGCUUUUAUCCAAAGCGACUUACAUACAUUCAGUACUGUGGACAAUCCCCACAGGAGCAAUUUGGGGUGAAGUGUCUUGCCCAGGGACACAACGACAUGCUGACUGCAGUGGGACUCAAACUUGCUACCCCCUGAUUCGAAGUCCAUCACACUAUCCACUGAGCCACAGUCCAAGAAAUAGAUUAUCUGUGAAGCAUUUUUUUCCCCCAGCCAUAUGCACUUGUCUAGACUGAGUACAAAAUGACAAACUGUGAAUGGCGAGAAAUGAUUUUUUUAAUUAACAAUCCUUCUUUCAAAAUGUCAGACUGUAUACUCAUGCAGGUAAGUAAAACAUGUGGGUUUCUACUGCCCAAAUAGACAAGUUGCGUCCCUCAUAAAAUAACUUGUGAGCCAUCCAUUUCUUCUUAUUAGCAUUUUAACUCAAGUAGCUUUUGCAUGUUAGGUCAAACUAAUAUUCAAAUCCUCCUCACCUUUUGUGCAAGGAAAUAUAAGCUAUAACGAUACAGCAGCUAACGUUUGUCUGUCUUCUGCUAGUGGAUUGGACGAUAGAGGAUAGCGUUACUUAUUGUAACAUUAAUACAAGACAUUCACCCCUGUUUUUUUCAACAAGCACACACAGUAGUUAUUACUUAUUAACAUAUUGCUCUUAACACUGAUGGGACUAAAUCAUGAAUAACAAUGGCAGCCCAGAGGCUUAAUCUUCUGUGUGUUUGUUGGAAUUAAAGGGAUAUUACAAAGCAUUUUUAGUGCCUACACUAAAUAUAAUGUCGCUUAAUUUACCAGUAUUGGCGGUGAAAUGGUAUAAAAGGUAUUAUUAUUUGAUUACCAACCGUGUAUUGAUAGAAGUAACAUUCUAUGAUAGUGUUUUUACACUGUUGCUGCUGCUGUGUUUUAAUAUCUUGGUUUUAGUUUUAAUCUUAUGAUUUUUAAUCGUAUAAAUCUUUAUAACGUGUUGUUUUCUAUAUAUUUUUAUUCAAGCAGCUUUUAACUGAUUUAAUUAAUGUUUCAAUAGAGUCCAUAGCCCUAAUUAAGUAAUCUGUAAAGUGAAGAAAUUAGUCAGGAAAUGGAAUCAUACUUUUGAAUUUAAUAAUAAUAGUGGGAUUUAUGCAUUCACUUCCACAGAUAAUACAGGCUUUGCAUGUGAAAUCCAGCUAAGUCUGAGCGGCCCAACUUCAAAUGUCUUUUAAAUUAAUGUGUGCCAUCUUGGAACACCAAAUCCAGUUCUUGUUUCAAUGUUUAAAUGCCGACACGCUGUAAACCCUUAGGACAGUUUCCUUGUAACUUCUCUUGUAUUUCCAAUACAACACAAAUCGCAACAUGUGUCUGCCCAUUUAGGACUUGUAAUGUAUUCAUAGGGAUUUAAGGAAGAAAUGUUGUGCCGGAUUAUGUUCUAGAUGAAAGAGAAAUGUUUAUACUUACCUGAUCCUAACCCUUACUCAAAGCUCUUAAAUACAUGAUUGUUACAUGGAUUAUAAAAUAAUUUUACAUGUU